AGAAACCAACUUCAGCCCUGUGAAAUUGUUUGUGCAGUCCGCUCAGCUCAGCAGUGUCAGGUAAUGAUUAAACCCACUGCUGAUUAAACUACAAGACUUGGCCUGAGACAUGGAAGACCAACUAACAUCUGUGCGAGAACAACAUAAGUUUAAUGUUGGCAACCUUCAAAGAUACCUGUAUGAGAAGUCACUGGUAUCUAAGAACGACACUCUGACCGUGAGACAGUACAGCGCUGGCCAGUCUAACCCAACCUUCCUGAUUCAGACACCUUCAAGAAGUUAUGUUCUCAGGAAGAAGCCCCCCGGUGAGCUGCUGCCGGGGGCGCACAAGGUGGACAGAGAGUACCGGGUGCAGACGGCUCUCUUCUCUGCCGGCUUUCCCGUUCCUCAGCCGCUUUUGUUCUGCAAUGAGGCUGAAGUAAUCGGAACAGAGUUCUAUUUGAUGGAACAUGUAAAGGGCCGCAUUUUCAGGGAUUUUCAGCUCCCUGGAAUGAGUCCAGCUCAAAGGACGUCCGUAUACACAGCUGCAGUGGAAAACCUGGCAAAGUUGCACUCACUGGAUUUACCAUCACUAAAGCUCGAAGGGUUCGGGAGAGGGCCGGGAUACUGCAGGAGACAAGUGUCUACUUGGACGAAGCAGUACACCGCAUCAGCCCAUAGAGACAUUCCUGCUGUGAAUGAGCUCUGUGAUUGGUUGAUGAGAAACUUGCCAGAUAAAGAUGAUGAGGUCACACUCGUCCAUGGAGACUACCGACUUGACAACUUGAUAUUCCACCCAACUGAGACCCGGGUGAUGGCCUCGUUGGACUGGGAGCUGUCCACCACUGGGAGCCCUCUAGCAGACCUGGCCUUUUUCCUCGUGCCUCUGUACUGCCCCACUGGUCUCAACAUUAAAAGCUUUAUAUUCAACCUUCAAGAAGUAGAAGGUAUCCCAUCGCCUAGUGACCUGAUCUCCAUUUACUGCAGGUGUCGGGGGAUCCCCUCAGUUUCCUUGCCGCCGCUGAACUUCUACUUGGCUCUGUCUCUCUUUAAAGCAGCUGCAAUUUCUCAGGGAAUCUACGCUCGUUACCUGCUGGGCAACGCCAGCGCGCCUGAUGCAGCUCAGUAUGGCCAGAAUGUCGAGCCUUUGGCUAAAGCAGCGCUGCAGCUAGCCAAAAGCCCACUCGCAGGUCCAGCAAAAGACAGGCUGUUCCCUCAGACUGCCAAAGGCCAGGCUGUGCUCCAGCAGGUUAAAGACUUCAUGCAGCAGUAUGUGCUUCCUGCUCAGCAGGAAGUUGCAGAAUACUACACUAAACAUUCCCAGUCUCCUCUGAGGUGGCACGCUCCAAAAAUAAUAGAGGAUCUAAAGGAGAAAGCCAAGCAGGCCGGGCUGUGGAACCUGUUCCUGCCGGCAGUCAGUGGACUCACUCAGUUGGAUUAUGCCUACAUCGCGGAAGAAAUGGGCCGCUGCCUCUUCGCUCCCGAAGUGUUCAACUGCCAAGCUCCAGACACGGGAAACAUGGAGGUGCUCCACAUGUUCGGCACCGAGGAGCAGAAGAAGAAAUGGCUGGAGCCUCUGCUCAGCGGAGAAAUCCGCUCCUGCUUCUGUAUGACAGAGCCUGACGUUGCUUCCAGCGACGCAGCCAACAUGGAGUGCAGACUUCACAGAGACAAAACCACCUACAUCAUAAACGGGAAAAAGUGGUGGAGCAGCGGUGCGGGCAGUGCCACUUGUAAAGUGGCCAUCGUCAUGUGCAGGAGCAGCUCUGAGCAUGGCAACAGCAGGCACGGCCAGCACAGCAUGGUCCUCGUACCCAUGGACACACCGGGCGUGAAGCUCAUCCGGCCACUCACCGUAUUCGGACAUGACGAUGCCAUCCAUGGUGGCCACUUUGAGGUCCACUUUGAAAACGUGCGCGUUCCAGCUUCCAACAUGAUCCUGGGCGAGGGCCGAGGGUUUGAGAUCGCUCAGAGGCGUCUGGGUCCAGGCAGGCUGCACCACUGCAUGAGAGCUGUUGGCUGCGCCGAGCAGGCGCUGGAGCUGCUGUGUCAGCGGGCCGCUUCCAGGCGAACAUUUGGGAAAAACCUUUACCAGCAUGAAGUCAUCGCCCACUGGAUUGCAGAGUGCCGCCUGAUGAUUGAGCAGACCCGCCUACUGACUCUCUCCGCUGCUCACGCCUUGGAUGCUCUGGGCAGCAGGGCCGCUCGCAAACAGAUUGCCAUGAUCAAGGUGGCAGCAGCCAGGAUGGUGUGUAAGGUGGUGGACUGUGCCAUCCAGGUUCAUGGAGGCGCGGGAGUCUCAGGGGACUUCCCUCUGGCACAGAUGUACUCGUAUGCACGAACUCUGCGAAUUGCUGACGGACCCGAUGAGGUUCACCUUUCUUCCAUUGCAAUACUGGAACUGAAGGAUCAGCUAAAGCAGGCGCGGGCCAGGCUGUAAAAAUGAUUCGAUAAUGCUUUGAGCUAAAAAAAAAUUCCAAACAGUCCAUUAAAUGUAUCGUAAUAUUUCUAAAAAUGCAG